GCCAACUACCGGGACCAACGGGCAAGGCCUGGUGGACCGCGUGGAUCAUCGCCUCUGUAUAUGAACCUGCAGCUCGCGCGGCUACUUGUCUUAUCAAUCUCUUCAUCUUCAUCUCCUCGCUCUUGCUCCCCCUGCCCACCCCAGCUCUUGGUGUAGAUCUGCGCCAGCGCUCGUCAACAUGGGUUUCACCUUCAAGGGACUCACCAGCAGUGCCAUGAUUUCUGACAAUGCCGACGCUGCUGCUACUCAGGGUCACACUGGCAUGGACACGAACCGCUCUGACGAGAAGACGGGCAGUCCGAGGGAAUCUUCCCUCAGCCAAAACACCGACGAAGAGCUGAACAAAGUCGACACCACCGCCGAGCAUGGCGUGCAGGCCGUUCAAGCGGCCUCACUCAUAUGGAAGAAGAGGGACUUGAUCCUGGCAUACAUCUUCAUGUGGUUCAUCCAGUUCUUCACUGCCUACGCAUCCAGCACCUCGAGCACCCUCUCGCCCUAUGUCACGAGCAGCUUCAACAAACACUCGCUGACUGCCCUGACCACGGUCAUUUCCUCCAUUGUCGGCGGCAUCUGGAAGCUGCCGUACGCCAAGAUCCUCAACAUCUGGGGUCGGCCGUUCGGGCUCUCGCUGGGCGUCGCCAUCUACGUGGUCGGCCUAAUCCUCAUGGCGAGCUGCAACAACGUCAAGGCCUACUGUGCUGCGCAGACAUUCUUCUACGUCGGCUACAACAGUAUCGACUUCUUCAUCACCGUCUUCAUUGCCGACACGUCCAAGCUCAAGAACAGAGCCCUCUUUAUCUCCUACGCCGCGUCCCCCUGGCUCAUCACCACGUGGAUCUACGGCUACGGCAUCAAAGGCAUCAUGUCUGACGGAGGCAUUGGCUGGCGCUGGGCCUUUGGCAUUUUCGCCAUGCUCGCGCCCAUUGUCAUUUCCCCCCUCGUCAUUCUCUUCGUCGUCUACGAGGCCAAGGCACGCCGCCAAGGUUUGAUUGCCCCCCGUCCCAGCCACGGCACCUUUGGGCAAACCGUCUACUACUACCUCCGCGAGUUUGACGCCGUCGGUCUUUUGAUCCUCGCCGCGGGGCUUUCCCUCUUCCUGCUUGCGUUUAACAUCUACUCGUACCAAGCCAACGAGUGGAAGUCGCCAUUGAUCAUCUGCUUCAUCAUCUUCGGCGUGCUGCUGGUCGUUGCGUUUGGGCUGUGGGAAAAGUACUUUGCCCCUGUUACCUUUAUCCCGUGGCCGCUGCUCAUGAACCGCACCGUCAUCUUCACAUACACGAUGGCCGGCUCCUUCUACACGGGCUGGUACUGCUGGGACUCGUACUUUUACUCGCUGCUCGUGGUGCUCUUCAACCAGCCAGCCGUGCACGCCACGUGGAUUGCCAACAUCUACACCAUGGGCAGCUGCUUCAUUUGCAUUGUCUACGGCCUGGCGCUGCGCCACUACGGAAAACUCAAGGUGUACUCGCUGUUCAUGGGCGUGCCGCUGACGAUGCUGGGCGUGGGCCUCAUGAUCAAGUUCCGGCAGCCCGACCAGGACGUGGGCUACAUUGUCAUGUGCAUGAUUUUCAUUGCCUUUGGCGGCGGCGUCAUGGUCACGUCGGAGCAGACGACGCUCAUGGCCGUAUCCAAGCAGCAAGACUUCCCCGCGCUGCUUGCCGUCGAGUCGAUGAUCAUUUCGAUUGGCAGUGCCAUUGGCUCGACCAUUGCCGGCGCCAUCUGGACGGGCGUGUUCCCCGUCAAACUGCGCGAGAACCUGCCUGCAGAGUCCCAGAAGGACUUUGCAAACAUCUACGGCGACAUGCAGGUACAAGCCAGCUUCCCGGUCGGCAGCCCCACGCGCGACGCCAUCGACCUCAGUUACGGCCAGACGCAGCGCUACAUGCUCAUCACCGCCAUGUGCGUCUACUGCAUCACGCUCUUCAGCACCGCCCUGUGGGAAAACGUCGAUGUCAGGAAGAUGAAGCAGAGGACCGUGGGUCUGUUGUAGAACAGGAGCGCCUUCUCACUCUUGUUAUUCUAAAGACGAAUAAAUGAUUAAGUAGCCAUACCAUACUAUACCCUACUCAUCCAUACCCAUACCCAUACGCAUGCAAGUCGUGCAAACAAUGUAAAUUAUUACCUU